AUGGCUACUCUUCAUCUUGUAACAUUACUUGCUUUAACUAUCUUUUUUUCGAUAGUUAUAGCACAAAAUAAACCAUGUGAAUCAUGCGAUCCAAGCAAAUGUCCAAUGAGUGAACUAUGCAAUCACCCAGAUGUUCCAUCAAGCAAACAAUAUGAAGCGUGUGGGGAAAAUCUCCAAUGCAAACUUCGCAUGGAUAGUCGUGGAGUACCUCGUGAAGCUCGAUGUGAAUGUAAUGAUCAAGUUGAAAUGUGUGGUUCCGAUGGUAAGACCUAUCGUAAUUACUGUCAUUUAAUGGAGUCAAGCAAACUUGCUAAAAUUGAACAAAAACCAGCUAUUAAAGUCUUUAAACGUAAACCAUGCGAUUCAGCACCUGAAAUAACAUUACCACCAGUUAGUGUUUCAAAUAAAACAGGAAGUAAUGUAUUUUUAACAUGUGAAGUUGCUGGUGUUCCAUUACCUGUUGUUGAAUGGCUUUAUAUUGCACCAACAGGAAAACAAAUCGUCUAUCCAACUGAUGAUGAUCGUAUUUCAACAUUAGUUCGAGGUGGACCUAAUGCUCAUGUUCUUACAUCAUGGCUUCAAAUUCAAUCAUUACAACGAAAUGAUCAAGGUACAUAUACAUGUAUUGCAAGCAAUCCAUUGGGCAAAGUUGAAAAAUCAUGUACUGUCUCUGUUGAAAUCGGUCGUGAUCUUUAA